AAUGUUGGAAGUAUUUUGGCCAAUUUAAGCAUUUACGGAGAACCGGAGAAAGACGAGACCGCGGGAAGGUCGCAGUUGCAGCGGAAGCAGAGCAGACGGCCAAGCCAUGGAAGAGGAUGCGUAUACCAGAUAGCAGAUAGAGCAGGAAGUGUAGCGAGGUCUGGCCUUUCAACCUACUCUGAAGCACCUCCUUUGACAUCUUACCCUAAUUCGACCUCUAUUGACCAAUGGUACAUCCCUCCUGAUGAUUUGCUGAAACAUGACCGGGAGCUUAUGGAUAUACUGAAGUAGGAACCAUUAGUAAAUACCCGGAACCAGUUAUUGGGGGCGGUUUGAGUGCAAAAGGCUACAGACCUCCAUUUGAAGAUUCAUUAGCAAGUCAAAGACAAGAUAUUGCAGUGGGCAGUAGUCCAGGACUGAUGGAUAUGGCAGAAAUAGGUCAUGAAAGGGCCAAUUCUCUUGGUCUCAGAACUGCUGAUUGCGAUCCAAUUUCGUCUCGGGAAUCAAACAUUAUUUUCGUUGAUGGACUUCCUACAGAUUGUACUAGGAGAGAAGUAGGCCAUCUUUUCCGCCCAUUUAUUGGCUAUGAAGACAUCAGAGUUGUUCACAAGGAGCCCAGACGGCGUGGAGAUAAGGCUACGGUAUUAUGUUUUGUCGAGUUCAGUGAAGCAAGAUAUGCCCAGGCUGCAAUGGAAGCUCUUCAAGUUUUCGAUGUGGGCCGGGAUGAGCCCAGAGAAGAAUCAAAUAGCCCAUUUCCAAAAAUCAAAAUCAUGUUUGGUUUCAGACAUCUUCUGCUUUGGAUUAUGAAAAUGACAUAGGGAUAAAGAUUCCUGACGAAGAUUAUGCAAGUCUCAAACAAGUGCUUCAAGACCUGCCUUGGGGCUGGGGAUACCAAUUAAAGCUGUUCCAACUAAAGCAUUGACCGUGAUGGAAACCCCAAAAAUGGAGCUGGUGCAGGUACGUACACACCCACAUAAAAAGGGUAAAGAAUAAGAAGGAAACUUUUAAAAGAAUUGAACAUUUCAUUUAAAUUCCAUUCUGUCUGUCAUGCCUAGGAAUCUAACCUGUAUAUGGCUCUAAACUACAAAUAUUUCUUUGUGAUUUCAAUUUCAUAACAAGAACAUAUGAAAAAAUAAUUUAGAGAGGGG